CCGCCCGUCCGCUCCCCACCCUCGCGCGGUACCGCCUCCCCGCGCCGCCCUCGCCCAGAGUCUCUCCGGCAGCCAGCAAGCGCGGGGAGCGCUCUGGGAUGGGACUUGCAGGCGGCGGCUCAGGACACGGCGUUGGCGCGGGUUUCUUCGUCGCGUCCCGGGAGCGGUGCUCCAGGAGCGCUGCGGUCGUCAGCGGGGCGAGGCGGCGAACGACCGAGACGGACCCACGCGGCUGCGCCCCUGCCUCGCUUUCCUGGUGCCGGCGGCGGUGGCUGCAGCCACACCCCUGCUCCUCUUGAAGAUGGAGAAGAUGCUGCUGGGAUGCUUGCUGAUGCUUGGUCAGUUCUUCCUCCUUCCGGCUGGAGCCAGAGAUCGCCCGCAAGCCAGAUUUCCCUCCAGAGGCCGCCAUGUCCGAACACAUCCCCAGACGGCGCUGCUGGAGAGCUCCUGUGAGAAUAAGCGGGCGGAUCUGGUGUUCAUCAUUGACAGCUCCCGAAGUGUCAACGCCCACGACUACUCAAAGGUCAAGGAGUUCAUUCUGGAUAUCCUCCAGUUCCUGGAUAUCGGUCCUGAUGUCACCCGAGUAGGCCUGCUCCAGUACGGCAGCACAGUCAAGAACGAGUUCUCCCUGAAGACCUUCAAGAGGAAGUCUGAGGUGGAGAGAGCUGUCAGGAGGAUGAGGCAUCUGUCCACAGGCACCAUGACAGGACUGGCCAUCCAGUAUGCCCUCAACAUUGCCUUCUCAGAAGCAGAGGGGGCCCGGCCUUUGCGGGAGAAUGUGCCCCGGGUCAUGAUGAUUGUGACUGAUGGGAGGCCUCAGGACUCGGUGGCUGAGGUGGCUGCAAAGGCCCGGGACACAGGCAUCCUGAUCUUUGCCAUUGGCGUGGGUCAGGUGGAUCUGAACACACUGAAGGCCAUCGGGAGUGAACCCCACAAGGACCACGUCUUCUUGGUGGCCAAUUUCAGCCAGAUCGAAUCUUUGACCUCUGUGUUCCAGAACAAGUUGUGCACGGUCCACAUGUGCAGUGUCUUGGAACACAACUGUGCCCACUUCUGCAUCAACACACCCGGCUCGUACACCUGCAGGUGCAAGCAAGGGUACAUUCUCAACGCGGACCAGAAGACUUGCAGAAUCCAGGAUCUGUGUGCCUCAGAGGACCACGGCUGUGAGCAGCUAUGCGUGAAUCUGCCAGGUUCCUUUGUCUGCCAGUGCUACAGCGGCUACACCCUGGCCGAGGAUGGGAAGCGAUGCACAGCUGUGGACUACUGCGCCUCAGGAAAUCAUGGGUGUGAACAUGAGUGUGUAAAUGCUGAAGGUUCCUACCUGUGCCAGUGCCACGAGGGAUUUGCUCUCAACCCAGAUAAGAAAACAUGCACAAAGAUAGACUACUGUGCCUUGUCUAACCACGGAUGUCAGCACGAGUGUGUUAAUGCCCAGAAGUCCGCUUUCUGCCGCUGCUUGAAGGGCUUCAUGCUGAAUCCAGACGGGAAAACCUGCCGAAGGAUCAACUACUGUGCACUAAACAAGCCAGGCUGUGAACACGAGUGUGUCAACACAGAGGAAGGCCACUACUGCCGCUGCCGUCGGGGCUAUACCCUGGACUCCAAUGGCAAGACCUGCAGCCGGGUGGACCACUGUGCACAGCAAGACCACGGCUGUGAGCAGCUAUGUCUGAACACGGAGGAAUCCUUUGUCUGCCAGUGCUCGGAAGGCUUCCUCAUCAAUGAUGACCUCAAGACCUGCUCCAGGGCGGAUUACUGCUUGCUGAGUGACCACGGUUGCGAAUAUUCCUGCGUCAACACAGACAAGUCCUUUGCCUGUCAAUGUCCUGAGGAUCACGUGCUCCGCAGCGACGGGAAGACCUGUGCAAAACUGGACUCGUGUGCUUUGGGAAACCACGGCUGUGAACAUUCAUGUGUAAGCAGUGAAGACUCAUUCACGUGUCAGUGUUUCGAGGGAUACAUCCUCCGUGACGAUGGAAAAACUUGCAGAAGGAAAGACGUCUGCCAGGCUGUAGACCACGGCUGUGAGCACCUUUGUGUAAGCAGCGGCGAGUCGUACGUCUGCAAGUGUCUGGAAGGGUUCAGGCUGGCUCAGGACGGGAAGCACUGUAGAAGGAAGGAUGUCUGCAAGUCAACCCACCACGGCUGUGAGCACAUAUGUGUGAACAACGGAGAUUUCUAUACGUGCCAGUGCUCAGAGGGCUUUGUCCUGGCUGAGGAUGGGAAGCACUGCAAGAGAUGCACUGAAGGCCCAAUUGACCUAGUCUUUGUGAUUGAUGGGUCCAAGAGUCUCGGAGAAGACAAUUUUGAGAUCGUGAAGCAUUUUGUCACUGGGAUUAUAGAUUCCCUGGCAGUUUCCCCCAAAGCGGCUCGGGUGGGGCUGCUGCAGUAUUCCACACAGGUCCGCACGGAGUUUACCCUGAGGGACUUCAGCUCAGCCAAGGACAUGAAGAAAGCUGUGGUCCACAUGAAAUACAUGGGCAAAGGCUCUAUGACUGGACUGGCCCUGAAACACAUGUUUGAGAGAAGUUUUACCCAAGUAGAAGGGGCCAGGCCCCUCUCUACCCGGGUGCCCAGAGUAGCCAUUGUGUUCACCGAUGGACGGGCUCAGGACGAUGUCUCCGAGUGGGCCAGCAAAGCCAAGGCCAAUGGUAUCACUGUGUAUGCUGUUGGGGUAGGAAAAGCCAUUGAGGAAGAGCUACAGGAGAUUGCCUCUGAACCCACGGACAAGCAUCUCUUCUAUGCAGAGGACUUCAGCACAAUGGGCGAGAUCAGUGAAAAGCUGAAGCAAGGCAUCUGUGAAGCUCUAGAAGACUCUGAUGGAAGACAGGACUCCCCAGCAGGGGAACCACCAAAGCAGGUCCACCAGCCAACAGAAUCUGAGCCAAUCACCAUAAAUAUCCGAGACCUACUUUCCUGUUCUAAUUUUGCAGUGCAGCAUAGAUAUCUGUUUGAAGAAGACAAUCUUUCACGAUCUACACAAAAGCUUUCCCACUCAACAAAGUCUUCAGGAAGUCCUUUGGAAGAAAGCCAAGAUCAAUGCAAAUGUGAAAACCUUAUAAUGUUCCAGAACCUUGCAAAUGAAGAAGUAAGAAAACUAACCCAGCGCUUAGAAGAAAUGACUCAGAGAAUGGAAGCCUUGGAAAACCGCCUACGAUACAGAUGAAGACUAGAAAUGUUGUCGUGUGUUUAUACAUCAUAAAAAGAUUUCAAAAAACAUGGUGGAGCCUCAAAUCUCACACCAUAGUCAAAUCUCUAAGCUGUAAAGCAAACCACAACCAGUACAGAAGACACUGGACUGCUGUACAAAGAGAAAAUGGAGACACUAAGGGGGGAGGGGUCCUUCUGAAGCCUAAAGUGAGUUUACCCUGAGAAAAAAUGAGCUGUCUCGUGUUCUGUGAUCUGCUGUGGGUACAACUUGCUUCUGCCUCCCUACCUUAGCACUGAAAUCUCAUUUGACAAUUCUGCAGAAAACUGACCCCACAAAUUGCUAACGUUUUUGUACUGGAAUUUACCCUGAUAUAUAUGGAUGUAUGCAUAAAGUCAUGGGACCUAUGUCCUGCAGUAAGUUGAAUUUUUACACAUUAAAAUUCACCACUCCAGAAAAUGUUGAGUAAAAUUCCUAGUUUAAAUAUGAGAUGGGGUCUCAAAUUUGCUGAGGUUGUAACUCAGGCUGCCUAUAACUCUCAAUUCUCCUGCUUCAUUGCACUGGCAGGUAAUACAGGCAUGUGGCACCAAGCCCAGUCUCACUCUAACUUUAAAUAUAAAAUAUGCACACACGACAAAAAAAUCUAUUAUACCCCCCAAAAUAAAACAAAUUUAAUUUUUUUUCUUUUUUGCUCGUGAGCUUGGUACCACUGUCUAGCGGUGGCUACCAAUGCAGAAAUACAGGUUCUUACAAGUUGCUAGGGAGUGUACCUGUAAUGACAGCAGCUGCCAUACCACUUGGUUCAAACCAAAUGGCCUUUAACAUACACAAGAGAGACCUGCAGAGCAGUCACUAGGCUACAAAAGCGACAAGUUAGAAAUAGCCUAAACAUCAGAACUGAGUCACUGGGUAGUCCAUACCACAGAAAUGCUAUUCAUUUGCAGAAAUUCCAAAGUCCCUUCCAAGCCAUAGUGAAACCCAAAACUAAUUUUUUGUUGUUGUUAAAUAGUAUUGCAUGUAUCCCAGGCUGUCCUCAAGCCUCACCUGAGUGCUGGGAUUACAGAAACGUGCUGCCACACCUGAUUUAUGUGGUGCGAAUGAUUACGCAUGUGAGUAAACCACUCUGAGUCACAUCCCAGCCCUCAAAUCAAUUUUAAAAGUCAAUGACAAUCUGGGAGACAGAGGCAGGUAUACCUUCGUGAGUUCAAAGACAGCCUGAUCUACAUCUGAGAUCCUAUCAGAAAAAAAAAAAUCCUAAGACAAAGUCUAGCAUUUCAGUAAUUUCUAUGAACAGACACAAUCAGCCACUCAAGGAGAUGUAUAUGUAUGUGCAGACCACCUCAAGACAGCACUUAACAAGUAAGAGCUUCCCAUCAUUUGUUUUUCCAAAAUACGGAUACUUUGUUCUCAUCAAAUGUCCUCC